AUGGCUGAAAGGACUCCGUCUCGGAACUCCUUUCGCCCCCGCGCUUGUGACAACUGCCGCGUUCGAAAGAUAAAAUGCGACAAGGCCACUCCCUGCUCCAGCUGUGGUGCGUUGGAUAUUCCCUGUAAAACCGCCGGGGUUGCCACGGGUGUCUCUGAGCCCCAACGCGCUGCGCCCAGCCAGUACGAGAACAAGAUUGAUGCAAUCCAAGAGCAGCUCCUUGUGAUUCAGCAGGCUCUUAGGGAUGUCAAUCAAUCCGCGUCCCCUGCCCCAACUCACCCGGUGCCUCGCCCUGUACCAUCCGCCGAUCCUGUCCCUCCAUUCGAAGGCCAGUCCUCCUUUCAUCAUGAAUCUAUUCUUGCAAAAGAUGCUGCAUUUUCUGCCGUGGCUGGUGCGCAGGGGAGGAGGCUUGAUGAUCACGUCUCAGCUGCUCUCUCUUCCUUGACUCACAGCCUCGAUCGAAAUACAGCCGUCUCGCAAGACGAUGCAGCGCGAGACAAGACGUCGGCAUCUCCGCUAUCUAAAGAGGAACUGCUUCCAGUUGACCUUGCGGUAUCGGUAGUCAAGGCUGUGAAAGCUCAACCCCCUUUUUUCUUGGUCAGCCACUCCUGGAGAGAUCUACUUCAAAUCGAGAUGCUGUGUCAAUCACUCUACUUUCCUCUUCAGCCCGUUCCUGCAGGCUCAGUGACUCUUUUUCAUGGACUCUUCUUUUAUAUCAUUCGUGAUUAUCUACACCAAGGACAUCCAGAUCUAACUCACUACAACCUUGCCGCGAGUGUCGAAUUUUGCGAGCGUCACUUCUUCGAUGGCCUCAACAGUUAUGAAAUGAUGACGGCACCUACCUUGGAAAAGGUGCAAGCCUUACUGAUAGGGAUCAUCAAAGCGCAAGAAGAAUUUGACAUUCAACGUUGUUGGACCUACCUAUCACUUGCCUUCAACAUGUGCCAGACCUUGGGUUUCCACAGGAGUUCGACGUUGAAAGACGACGAGUCUCCCGCUGCAGAAGCAAAACGACAUGUCUUCUGGUCUUUAUAUACGAUCGACAAGAACAUUUCACUAAACAUUGGCUUCAGUUCACAUUUCCAAGACCACGAUAUCGACGCCGAUCUUUUUAAGCCAUCGAAUAAACCCAGUCAGCGCCCGUGGGACUUGAUGGCCAUUGUAACCGUGGAGUUUGCCGCCAUCCAAGGACGCGUCUUUGAUCAACUAUACUCGGUGGGAGCAAUGAACGAAACAGAUGACAAACGAGCACGCGCUGUACAGCAGUUGUCACUCGAUUUGAUUGCCGUUCGCGACAGGCUUGUUGCAAUCGAUGUUAGUUCCGGUUUAUAUGCCGAUUCCUUACACGGAAUGGCAGCCUGUGCCGACUUCAUCGCCUACUCAGUAAUGACAGUGAUCUACCGGGCCCAGUCACGGCCCACCGACGCCAUGGCUGUAUCGUCCCAAUGCUACGAAGCCGCCCGACUAGCUCUGGACAGUCACCUGAAAUGUUUCGGCUUUUUCCGUGACCGUCAGACACACAAACAAAUGGAAUACGUCAAUUGGAUCCUACUUUACCCUUCCUUCGCCCCAUUCGUCAUUGUCUUCACUCACGCCAUCGCCACCUCCAGCUCAACCGAUCUCUCUUUGCUACAAGACACUGUCAAAUCCCUAGACCUGAUCAAAGGCCUCUCUCGUGGCUCGAUGCACCUGUUCGCUAUCUGCGAGGCGUUCGCAAAGACCGCACAAGUUCUCGUCGACGCGCGCCAGACUGUGACGGGUCUCGAACAUCAUCAAGACGGGUCCCUCUUUAUCCCAGCUACCACCGACGGCCCUGGGAACAUCGCGUUACCCGAUUUCCCAUGGCCUGAGAACACGUUCGACUCAUCUAUGAACCAGGAAGAUAUUUCUCUAUUCUUGAACGAUUUUAUCGGUACAGGGCGAUCCGUGAUGGAAAUGCUAAACUCGAAUUCCUUGAAUGAUUCUUUUCGGUGA